GACCUCCUGUCCAACGUCACAAAGAUAGCAGAAUUUCUUGAUGAAUCGCGCAACAAGUCUUUCCUAGAAGAAGUUACCGACAGAUGUACAUUUCAAACAAUGGUAAAAACAGUAAUGAAAGAAAUCAACCCGUCCGAUCAGAAUUAUAUACACCAGAUGUCAGACGAAAAAAAGCUGCCGAUAUAUCGAAAAGGGGAGGUCGGAGACUGGAAGAACUAUUUUACAGUGGCACAAAACGAGUAUUUUGACAAAAUAUACGAGGAACAAAUGAAGAAUGCCACUUGCACGUUCCGAUUUGAAUAGAAAGAACAAAAGAAAACAAAAAUAAUAACAGUUUUUAAUGAAGUUGAUUCGAGAUCGAAAAAACACUGGCUUUGAAACGCAUCUUCAAAAACGUCUGUUUUAAUUGAUAUAACCUGGUUUGGGAAACCCACGAGCUUUAUAUUUCGGGUAUUACGCAAACUUACCAAUUAGACCCCUGUUGAAGUAUAGAAUUGUUGCUAAUUAUUUGCUAUAUGUUAUUAAAAGAGUCCUUAUUGUG